AUGUCUACUUUAUGCCUGACAGCAUCGCCUUCUCACAGCUCGAACAUUACAUUGAUCAGCCUAACACGACAGAGAUUAAAGACAUGUUCUGUUUAUAUUUUUGGCAAAAGCCUUUCUUUUUAUCCUUUCUACUUAAAUAAUUCAGAAGAUAAUUCAUUUCUUUUCUUUAUAUCCCCGUUUUUUGUACCCUGUGGACAUUUUUUGACAUUUUUUCCUCGUGAUAGUGGAAUUGCUAUCUCAUCCUUUAAGGCAUAUAAUAUCUAUAAUUAUGGAAUAUUCUUCUGGAACAACUAUAAGAAUUGGUUUAAUCAAAUAUACGCUAUUUUAGCUUCCUCUUCUUCUUCUUUUUUUUCUUCUUCUUUUCCUUCUUCUUCUUCUUAUGCUCCUCCUCCUUUUUUUCUUCCCAUUCUUCUUCUUCUUCUUCUUCUUCCCAACCAUCAUCAUCAUCACCUUCAUCAUAAUCAUCACUUUCAUCAUCAUCAUCUUCUUCUUUUUCUUCUUCUUCUUCUUCUCUUCUUCUUCUUCUUCUUCUUCUUUCCUAUAUAUUUACAAUCAUCAUCAUAA